AGGGGGGUGGGGUGGGAAGGCGCGCGGCCUCCGAGCUCGCGCAACCGGGCCGGGACGGCGCGGUUCCUUCCGCUCUCUGCAGCUGUCUGCAUUUUUUUUUUCCUGCCUUUUUCGCAAUUUUGAACAUUUUGCAAGACGAGAGGUUCGAGGCAGGUGAGAGCAUCCUGCGCGUCGCCCAGGAGCCCGCGGCCACUUGGCGCGCUCUCCAGGGACCAUCUGCACUGGGAACCUGAAAGUUUUUUGUUUUUAUAUUUUUAUGUAGAUGUAUUUAUAAAGACACAAGUAUUUUUUUUUUCUUCCCCUUUCUCCACCGCCUCGAAAGCGAGUACUUUUGGCAAAGGACGGAGGAAAAAGCUCAGCAACAUUUUGGGGGGCGGCUGGGUUUUUUGUUAUUUUUUUUUUAAGAAAAAGAUUCGAGUGCAUCGCGAUGGAGAAAAUGUCCCGACCGCUCCCCCUGAAUCCCACCUUUAUCCCACCUCCCUACGGCGUGCUCAGGUCCUUGCUGGAGAACCCGCUGAAGCUCCCCCUUCAUCACGAAGACGCAUUUAGUAAAGAUAAAGACAAGGAAAAGAAGCUGGAUGAUGAGAGUAAUAGCCCGACGGUCCCCCAGUCUGCAUUCUUGGGACCCACCUUAUGGGACAAAACCCUUCCCUAUGACGGAGAUACUUUCCAGUUGGAAUACAUGGACCUGGAGGAGUUUUUGUCGGAAAAUGGCAUUCCCCCCAGCCCAUCUCAGCAUGACCACAGCCCUCACCCUCCUGGGCUGCAGCCAGCUUCCUCGGCUGCACCCUCCGUCAUGGACCUCAGCAGCCGGGCCUCUGCACCCAUUCACCCUGGCAUCCCGUCCCCGACCUGCAUGCAGAGCCCCAUCAGACCAGGCCAGCUGUUGCCUGCCAACCGCAAUACUCCGAGCCCCAUUGAUCCUGACACCAUCCAGGUCCCGGUGGGCUAUGAGCCAGACCCAGCUGACCUUGCCCUCUCCAGCAUCCCCGGGCAGGAAAUGUUUGACCCUCGCAAACGCAAGUUCUCCGAGGAAGAACUGAAGCCACAGCCCAUGAUUAAGAAAGCUCGCAAAGUCUUCAUCCCAGAUGAUCUGAAGCAGGACGACAAGUACUGGGCGCGCCGCCGGAAGAACAACAUGGCGGCCAAGCGCUCGCGCGACGCGCGGCGCCUCAAGGAGAACCAGAUCGCCAUCCGCGCGUCCUUCCUGGAGAAGGAGAACUCGGCGCUGCGCCAGGAGGUGGCCGACCUGCGCAAAGAGUUGGGCAAGUGCAAGAACAUCCUGGCCAAGUACGAGGCCCGGCACGGGCCCCUGUAGGCGGGCGUCCGCGGCCCCGGACAGUGGCUGCCUGGCUGAUAGCACCGCACCCGACCGACCUUCCUGACAUCAGCACUUUACCAGACGCAUCAACACAACGGACUCACAUUUUGGUGUGUGUAUGUGUGCGUGAGUAUGUGCUUGUGCUCAUGUGUGGUCAAUGGUGUGUGUGAGUAUGUGCUUGUGCUCGUGUGUAUGUGUGUGUGUGUGUGUGUUUGUGUGUGUGCGUUCCUUUGCACUUGCCAUUUUGAUAGCCCUCAUGGUCUUUUAGUUCCUAAAAUGAAAGGUGCCAUGUUUUUACUGGACUGCGGAGACCUCUCAAGGGUUUCCUGCCCCCUCCUCUUCCUCCACUCCUGCCCUUUCAGCGUGGCUUCAUGUUGGCUCUUACCUGUUUUCCAGGACCCUCUGCUUGGGUCCACUAAGAAGGGCCCUGGUGAAAUAGUAUAUGUCGGUUUUCAAGACCACAGGCUCUUGUUUCUGUUUAAUCUGUAAGUUACCCAGCUAAUAAGGUGCACAGAAUAAUUUAGCACUACACUGCAGCUCUCUUCAGUUUUAAGUUGCUUUCCUCAUAUUUUCCGUUUUGGUGAUAAUCGUCUUCAAAUUUAAAGUGCUGUUUAGAUUUAUUAGAUCCCAUAUUUACUUACUGCUAUCUACUAAGUUUCCUUUGAACUCUACCAACCCCAGCAAGUAAGAGUACUAUUAUAGAACACAGAGUGUGUUUUUGCACUGUUUCUACCUAAAGCAAUAAUCCUAUUGUACGCUAGAGCAUGCUGCCUGAGUAUUACUAGUGGACGUAGGAUAUUUUCCCUACCUAAGAAUUUCACUGUCUUUUAAAAAACAAAAAUUACAGUAAUGCAUUUGAGCAUGCCCAGAACAUCCCCAGGACAGGGAAGCAGAGGGAAAUGCCAGGUCUAAGAACGAGGGGUUAACUUACCAGUAUACAGCCCAAAAAUGCAUCUUGGAACAGCUUUGAUAUUGAUGUGUUUGCUUUGUUUUCUCCCCUGUCCCAGACUCCCAACCCCCAAUUUUCUAGUUAACUUUUUCCACAUCCCUCUUGAUAUUCAAUACAAUUCAAUUACUUAAGAUUCAGUUUUCCCCAUUUUUUGUAAUAUAUAUAUUUUUGUGAAUUAUACCUGGUUGCUUUAAAAAAAAUCAGUUAAGUUAAUAAGUUGAUGUUUUGUAAAACCCUUUUUCCUAGUGGUGUCAUUUUUGAAUGCUUCAUAAAUUAAUUAUUCUGGAGCUUAUGUUUCUUCUCUGUUUGCUUUUGAACGUAUGUGCUCUUAUAAAGUGGACUUCUGAAAAAUGAAUGUAAAAGACACUGGUGUGUACCUCAGAAGGGGAUGGUGUUGUCACAAACUGUGGUUAAUCCAAUCAAUUUAAAUGUUUACUGUAGACCAAAAGGAGAGAUUAUUAAAUGUCUAAUGUUUAUACAGAGUAAUUAUAGGAAGUUCUUUUUGUACAGUAUUUUUCAGAUAUAAAUACUGACAAUGUAUUUUGGAAGACAUAUAUUAUAUAUAGCAAAGAGAAAAGGAAAACUAUUCCAUGUUUUAAAAUUAUAUAGCAAAGAUAUAUAUUCAUCAACGUUGUACAGAGAAGAAGUGCUUGGGGGUUUUUGAAGUCUUUAAUAUUUUAAGCCUAUCACCAACACAUCAGCAUGUUUUCCGCUUUCAAUUAAAUUUUUAUGACAGUAUCGAAGCUUGCUGUGACGAAUUCUGCUCUAAAAUAUAUAAGGGGCUUUCUUAUUUCUUAUUAGGUCUCAGAAAGAAGUCAGUUAACGUAACCCAAAAGCACAAAAUGGAUGUUAGUCAAAUAUUUAUUGGAUGAUGCAGUGUUUUUUAGGAAAAGCAUCUGCCACAAAAAUGUUCACUUCAAAAUUAUGAGUUCCUGGAAUGGAAUAUCACUGUAAGCAUCCCAAACAAUUCUGUUCUCCUCUGUGGGCACGUGCAUCUUACACAGCAUAAGGUUAAUAUCGGUGCUAUGUGUAUGGUUUGUAAUUUAAUAGAUGUUUUGACCUUAAAGACGACUGUUCUUUCAUUUCUCUAACUUGUGUCAAGAGAUUCUGCUGUUGUUGCAAAAAAAACAUUUUCUGCUAGAUUAAAAUACCCUUUCAUCCAUGGGAUUUUCUAGUUUCCUGCCUCCAGAAGAUGUAAUUCUUUAAUGACCCGGUGGUCUCACUGUCAUUCCAUCAGCAGCAUUCCUCUCAUGGUGUCAUAGUCUUGGGAAAUCUGAAUAGUAAGAUAUUCCUAUGAGGUAUCCAUUUUAUCCCAAGCUGUAGAUUAUGGCGGGAGGUGGGAGAAUAUUGGACUUGGAAUGCAUUGUUCAGGUAAACAAUAAACAAACAAAACCUUUGGCAAACCUAAAGAGAAGUGAUAAGUGGUAUUCAGAAAGGGAACCAAGUGGACAUGGAGUUGGCCUCUUUAUAGGUAAGGUGACUAAUGGCAGCAGAGUGGUCAAAUAGUCACAAAAACAGAAACAAAUAUCUUUAAGUGGGAGAGUGUUGAAGGACUGUACUAAAGACCAUCCAAAUUCAUUGACAUAUAAAGUGGUGGCUGAAAGAAAAAAAACAAAAACAAAAAUAAACCCUGUAUUGGAACAUUGGUCUUUCUGAAAUUAGGCUGUUUGUAUCAAAAGAGCAUCAUAAAUGUUUUCCACAGAAGAAAGGAAAAGAGCAUUGUAAAACUUAUUCUUUGGCAUGCCAGAGGAGGUUUCAGUAACUUACCUCGUCUUAAAAAUGUAAAACCUUUGGAGUCUGCACAGGUGCCUUCUAUGUAGGUCAUUGUCACCAGGCACAUGAGCACUCACCCUGCUUUCACUGCUGUCUGUCGGGGCAGUUAACUAGUAAAUAAAGCAGUACGGCUAAGUGGCGUGGGAAGCCAUGACCCAAUUUGGAAUGACUUGGAUCAUCUAGGGUCAAAUGAGUUCUGUAGACUGCAGCUAUUAAAAGAGUCCUGUUGUCAUUUUUCACCUUUUCAUCAUAAGCAUCUUGCAGAGAUUAAUUGCUUGGCCAUUAAAAAUGAAUCCAAAUCAUAUUAUGCCCAACAUCAUUUAGACAUGAUUUGGAAUGAGCAGCCUAGGACUUCCUGACAAGGUCAUAUCAUCCUCUCUUUUGACUAGACUUGCAGAGAAAGGCAAAAAUUGGUCAGCCUGUCCUCGGUUUGUGCUGCCUUGAGGAUGUAGGUGAGGGAUGGAAGAAGGUUCUAAGUGAUCAUUUCUGCCUCGGGAAAGUGGCUACCUUUUGACCAUUCAAAACCCGCAGUGGGCAAGACUUGUGAGAGGCCUUUCAUCUUCAAAUACAACAGGCUGUGGUGAAACCAUCCCUUGAAGCAGGACUAUUUGAGGAGCGUGCAGAUAGAAUUCUGGCUUUGGGUAGGGAGGACGCUGUACCAGAUGGCCCAGAGGUUCCUCCCAACCCCUUGGUUUUGUGAGGGAACUUGAAAUAAUUCUAAACAUACAUUUGAAAGGUCUUAGGUCUGUUUUCGGAAGAGUCAAGAAUUUUAAGUAGAGUCCCUCUCACCGCCCCCACCACCCCAAAGUAAAACAAAUGUUAUUCUGUAAAAUGAAAUAGAGUUUAUCUACUUUCCCCCUGAUGUUCCUUUUAGGGUAACUCAAACUCUCUCAGCAUUAAUUAGAGCAAUCCCAGAAGCGGGUAGACUCCUGCUCUCAGUCUGCCAGCUUCUUGCUGCAGCCUCCUAGGCCCCCACUGGGGAGCCCAAGAUCUCUAGGUUUUCUUUAUAAUUAAUAAUGUCAUUUUUGCAAUGAGCAAAGCCAUGUCCUUGAUCUUGGUGCAUUAGACUUGGCAAGUAAAGUCAGUACAUUUUGCAGAGAGCCAAGUGUAUGUAGAGGAAUGUGUGUGUGUGUGUGUGUGUGUGUGUGUGUGUGUGAAUAGUUGAGACAUAAAAUCUUUUCUUUUUGGAGCACCUUACCAAACAUCGAUAAUCCACCACCUCAUCCUUUGGCAACACUGCAAAGAUUGCAUCUGUUACACAGGUACAGGUUCACUUGAGGUCAGUUUAAUUGUACACCAUGGUAUUGGUGGUGUUUAUGCUGUUUAGUCCAAACCUUUAUCUGUUAUUCUUAAUGUUUAAUAAACUUUGAAUUGUUUCCUGUC